UCAUCUUGGAUUAUAGUGGAACGCGUACAUGUAUGCUUUUCGCAAAUCGUAAUUUGUAAAUUUGAAGAAAUAUAAAGAUUUUUGCUGCAAGAAAACUAGAAAAGUGCAACACAGAACCAUGGCAAACUUGGUAUUCAGAUUCAUAAAAUUUGCUGUGCUGUAUUCCUUAGCAGGAUUUUAUGGAUUUUUUGUAUCACUGUUCUUGCUUGGAAAAUUAUGUCAAUUACGAAUGUCAUUUUUUAAGAAAAGACAAGGAACACAAGUUCCAGCAUGUCUUCAAGAUUCUUCUCUUGGGGAUCAUCAUUACAUCACAACUAAAUCAGGGCAUAAAUUUCAUUAUGUUGCCAAAGGAAACCCGGGAAAACCUUUGAUGUUGUGUCUGCAUGGAUUUCCUGAAUUUUGGUUCAGUUGGAGAUUUCAACUGAAAGAGUUUUGUGAUGAUUACAGGGUUGUGGCCCUUGACCUGAGAGGUUAUGGUGAUAGUUAUCAACCAAAAGGGAUAUCAAAUUAUGCUCAGCAUCUGCUUGUUCAGGAUGUUGAAGAAGUUAUUGAGGCCCUUGGAUAUUCAUCUUGCGUUCUUCUUGGUCAUGACUGGGGGGGAGUUAUUGCUUGGAACUUCGUACAAAGAUAUUCUGAAAUCGUUGAUAAACUUGUCAUUAUGAAUUCACCGCAUCCAAUAAUAUUUUUAAAAUAUUUGCGAUCAAAUUGGAGCCAAUUCUUCAGGAGCUGGUACAUUUUCCUUAAUGUACUUCCGUACCUGCCUGAAGUCUUAUAUUCCUACAAUGACUGCGUCUUUAUGGACGAUAUAUUUGUUGGUGAAGCAUGGACAGAUGAAAUCAAAGAUGCUUUUAAGUAUUCUUUUUCCAAACCUGGCGCUUCGACUGCUGGAGUCAAUUACUAUCGUUGUUCCCUCUUGUAUGGAGAUGAACCGCAACCAUGGAAAAGAAAGUUAGAGAAAACCAUAUCGAUGCCAACACUGGUUGUUUGGGGAGACAAGGAUAAAGCUCUUGAUAUAUCUUUGUUAAAUGAUCUGGAUCAUUACGUCAAAAAUCUGACUGUAAGGAUUGUUGAAGGAGCAACUCAUUGGGUGCAACAAGAUAAACCUGAUGUUGUCAACCGUCAUGUUCGAGAGUUCCUAAAAGCCUGUUAAAAUCUAUGAACAAAUCAAACGAAGAAUCCAUUGUCCAUCCAAUCAUUUGAUUCUUGAACUAUAAUGUGAUUGCGUAUUUCUUGUACAAUUCGGCGGAUUUGGAGUUGUAGACGGAUGAAUACCUAGUAAAUAUAGCCCUGCAGUGCGGAUGAAUACCUAGUAGUAUACUUAGUAUAGUAUGUUCAUAUACACAGUCAUGCAGUGACUCAGUGAAUUCUUGCCACUGAUGUUCAUGGAUGUCAUAUUUUUUUGGCGCGUGCGCGUGGCGCGUGCUACUUACAGUAAUGUAUAAAAACCAUAUUAUAUAGGAUUUUAUAUAUUAGAUAGAGAGAAGGGAAUGAUUGGUAGAGUGUAGAGCCUGAUACUUUAAGGAAUAAAGCGUAU